AUGACUGUCAAGCACUGUCAACCGCCCUACUGGAGAAACUUUUUAGCUAAUAGUGAAACGAUAAUGGAUAAGUCGGACAUGCAACGCAGUGUUGACUCUCUACGCAGUCAACUCAACAUCGAACGAACACCAAUUAGUCAAAGUGCAACUGAACUCCGUCGCUACACCGAAACACAAGAGGAUCCACUCGUGAAUCCAAUCGAUAAGAAAGUGAACCCAUGGGCUGAGAAGAGCAAAUGUUCUGUUUUGUAA